AUGAUGAAUGCAGCGGAUGAUGAAUUCGAAUCGGUUCUCUGGAUUGCGCGAGAGUGUUACGUCUACCGAUUACCCCCACGGACAUCCUCUGCAGGCUAUAAGGCCGCGGAAUGGGGCGACAUGGAGGCCUUUCUUUGGAAAGGCAGACUCAGGAUCCUUGAGAGAGGUUCCGAGAACGACCCUUCCAAUUCUACUAAAUGUUUUAUUCGGUUGGAGGAUGCGGAUACCGGCGAGUUGUUCGCGAACUGUCCCUAUACGCUCGACGGGAAAUCCGUCGAACCCGUCCUGGAUUCCUCGCGCUAUUACGUGGUUAGGGUCGAAGAUGCCUCGACCGGUCAGCGGGCUUUUCUUGGGAUGGGCUUCCCCGAACGCUCCGACAGUUUUGAUUUCAAUGUGGCUCUUCAGGAUUGGACCAAGCGACAACGAAGCACCAGUAAGCGGGAGGAAGUGGAUCAAGGACCGUCGCCGCACAUUCCCAGCGGUCCGAAGCGGGACUUCUCGCUGAAGGAGGGCCAAACGAUCUCGAUCUCCUUCGGGGGCGGCCGCGUGCCGAGUCCUCUCAGACGAGUCUUCAAGCUUGCCCUCAAAUAUCUCCAGCCCAGAAGCGUUCUGCGUUUGCCCGAUGGGCGAUGCCAGAUGGGGGUUUGCUGUGUCGAUGGCCACGGCAGGCUGAGGCUGUAUAAAACACCCUCGCCCAUCGACCAUCCCCCGCCCACCACGACCUCGAUACCCACUCCAGAACCAACCACACACACGCACACACCCAACCCAUAUCCCACCAUGGCAGUCCAGCUCCGGAAUGUCUUCACAGAGAAGGCGGCCAGAGACCUCCCGGUCUUUGUCACCUUCAUCACUGCCGGCUAUCCUAACCCCGAGGCGACGGUCCCGUUGAUGCUGGCCAUGGAAGCCGGCGGGGCCGACAUCAUCGAAUUGGGCGUGCCGUUCACCGACCCUUUGGCCGACGGACCCGCCAUCCAAGAGUCUAAUAAUGUCGCCCUUAGUCACAAUGUCGAUUACCGAAGAUGUUUGAAAUUCGUUUCCGAAGCCAGAUCGCAGGGAUUGAAAGCCCCAGUCAUCUUAAUGGGUUACUACAACCCUCUCAUGGCUCAUGGAGAACAGGCCUCGAUUGCCGAUGCUAAACAAGCCGGCGCCAACGGAUUCAUUGUCGUCGAUCUACCGCCCGAAGAGGCCGUCAAGUUCCGAACCCUGUGUACCGGUGCCGGCUUGAGCUAUGUACCUCUCAUCGCACCAACAACGACUGACUCUCGAAUCGGUUUCUUGAGCUCGAUAGCGGAUUCAUUUAUGUAUGUAGUCUCAAAGCUGGGUACUACAGGUACAAGUGAAAAGGUCGCAACCUCACUGCCCGAUCUUAUUUCUCGGAUCCGAAAAUUCUCUCAUGCCGGUACCGACAACUCGAUCCCACUGGCAGUCGGCUUCGGUAUCUCAACGGCAGAUCACUUUGACCACGUCGGAGGGCUCGCAGAUGGAGUGGUCGUAGGAUCCAAAAUCAUCGAGGUUCUGAAACUUAACCAAGGUGAAGGUGCCGUCAAGGCUGUCCAGCAAUUCUGUGAAGGCUUGUGUGGAGGCAAAGCGGGUCGUCCACGCAAGGCCCCGGUGAAGAAUGCAAUCAAUGGUCUUGUCUCACAGCUCUCGACACUCAUGACCAAUGGCCACGCCCACCCAACGACAAACGGGACCUCCAAACAACCGACUCCUGACAACAGUUUGCCUUAUCGCUUUGGCGAGUUCGGUGGCCAAUACGUCCCCGAAGCCCUGGUCGACUGCUUGCUCGAAUUGGAGACCUGUCACCGCGAGGCGAUGGCCGACCCGAAGUUCCAGGCCGAGUUCAAGAGCUACUACGGAUACAUGAACCGUCCCUCGGGGUUGUAUUUCGCAGAGCGACUGACCGAGCAUGUCGGGGGAGCCAAGAUCUGGUUCAAGCGCGAGGAUCUCAACCACACUGGCUCCCACAAGAUCAACAAUGCGGUCGGGCAGAUCCUUCUGGCUCGUCGACUGGGCAAGACUCGGAUCAUCGCCGAGACUGGCGCCGGGCAGCAUGGCGUCGCCACCGCUACUGUCUGUGCAAGGUUCGGGAUGGAAUGUGUCGUUUAUAUGGGUGCUGAGGAUGCCCGUCGCCAAUCUUUGAACGUCUUCCGAAUGAAAAUGCUCGGCGCUCAGGUAGUCGCGGUGACCAGUGGCAGUCAGACCCUGAAAGAUGCUAUCAACGAGGCCAUGCGUGACUGGGUGACGAAUGUUGCCACAACACAUUAUCUCGUAGGCUCGGCCAUCGGCCCUCAUCCAUUCCCUACGAUUGUCCGGGACUUCCAAAGCGUGAUCGGACGAGAGAUCAAGGAACAGCUCCUAGCUGAAAUCGGCAAAUUGCCAGAUGCCGUGAUUGCCUGUGUGGGUGGUGGCAGCAAUGCUAUCGGUACUUUCCACCCGUUUAUCAAUGAGAAAAGCGUGCGGAUGAUCGGGGUAGAAGCGGGAGGAAGUGGGACGGACACCGAUCGGCACUCGGCGACGUUGGCCAAGGGGACGAAGGGAGUGCUCCACGGGGUGCUGACCUACAUUCUACAGAGCCCGAGCGGGCAGAUCGCGGAGACGCAUUCGAUCUCCGCCGGGCUCGAUUACCCCGGCGUCGGCCCGGAACACUCGUUCUUGAAGGACGCCGGGCGGGCCGAGUACCGGGUGGCGACCGACCUCGAGGCCUUGAAAGGAUUCCGGUUGUGCGUCCAGUACGAAGGGAUCAUCCCGGCUCUCGAAACCGCUCAUGCUAUCUGGAGCACCGCCGAGGUGGCUAGAGAACUCGGAAAGGAUGCCAAUAUCGUCAUGUGUUUAUCUGGCAGAGGAGAUAAGGACGUGGAGCAGAUUGCUCAACAGUUGCCCAAGUUCGCCGACGCGCUGGAUUGGCACAUUGCUCCUUGA